CUCGGGCCUGGCGGAGCGGCCCGGCCGGAGCGCCCCCCCGAGCUCGGACCAGGCUUAGGCUACCCAGUGGGCUCAGGCCCAGAGCCCAGAACAACCAGCACAAUAGCGUCCAACAGCUGGACCGCCAGCAGCAGCCCCGGGGAGGCCCGGGAGGAUGGGCCCGAGGGCCUGGACAAGGGGCUGGACAACGAUGCGGAAGGUGUGUGGAGCCCGGACAUCGAGCAGAGCUUCCAGGAGGCCCUGGCCAUCUACCCACCCUGCGGCCGGCGCAAGAUCAUCCUGUCAGACGAGGGAAAGAUGUACGGUCGGAACGAGCUGAUCGCACGCUAUAUUAAGUUGAGGACAGGAAAGACUCGGACCAGAAAGCAGGUCUCUAGCCAUUUGCAGGUUCUAGCCAGGCGGAAAUCUCGGGAGAUUCAGUCCAAGCUGAAGGCCAUGAACCUGGACCAAGUCUCCAAGGACAAAGCCCUCCAGAGCAUGGCGUCCAUGUCUUCUGCCCAGAUCGUGUCUGCUAGUGUGCUGCAGAACAAGUUCAGCCCGCCCUCCCCUCUGCCCCAGGCCGUCUUCUCCACUUCCUCUCGGUUCUGGAGCAGCCCCCCUCUCCUGGGACAGCAGCCUGGACCCUCUCAGGACAUCAAGCCCUUUGCGCAGCCAGCCUACCCCAUCCAGCCGCCCCUGCCCCCGACGCUCAGCAGUUACGAGCCUCUGGCCCCGCUGCCCCCGGCUGCCGCCUCUGUGCCCGUGUGGCAGGACCGCACCAUCGCCUCCUCGAGACUGCGGCUCCUGGAGUACUCGGCCUUCAUGGAGGUGCAGCGCGACCCCGACACGUACAGCAAACACCUGUUUGUGCACAUCGGCCAGACCAACCCCGCCUUCUCCGACCCACCCCUGGAGGCAGUGGACGUGCGCCAGAUCUACGAUAAGUUCCCCGAGAAGAAGGGUGGCCUGAAGGAGCUCUAUGAAAAAGGGCCCCCUAACGCUUUCUUCCUCGUCAAGUUCUGGGCCGACCUCAACAGCACCAUCCACGAGGGCCCCGGGGCCUUCUAUGGGGUCAGCUCCCAGUACAGCUCCGCUGACAGCAUGACCAUUAGCGUCUCCACCAAGGUGUGCUCCUUCGGCAAGCAGGUGGUGGAGAAGGUGGAGACGGAGUACGCCCGGCUGGAGAACGGCCGCUUCGUGUACCGCAUCCAUCGCUCGCCCAUGUGCGAGUACAUGAUCAACUUCAUCCACAAGCUGAAGCACCUGCCCGAGAAGUACAUGAUGAACAGCGUGCUGGAGAACUUCACCAUCCUGCAGGUGGUCACAAGCCGAGACUCGCAGGAGACCCUGCUGGUCAUCGCGUUCGUCUUCGAAGUCUCCACCAGUGAGCAUGGGGCUCAGCACCACGUCUACAAGCUGGUCAGAGACUAGGGUGCCUCCCACCCCAGCAGCAGGACCCAGGACAAGCAUCUUUGCCACACACCUGCCUGGCAUCCCUGGGGGUGUCCAGGAUGAGGACGCAUCUGCCUGCCAGGCCCCAGGCCCAGCCCCACCUGCCCCCACCACACAUACUCCCUGCCACUGUUCUGCGCUUUACUUGUGGGAGAACCCGGCAGGCUCAGCAGGAGGGGCAGCCUGCCCAGGGCCUGCACCUCAAACGGCCUCCGAGAGGCAAGCUGGGUGAGGAGUGUGGCAGGCAACUGGAGGGUGGGAUGAGGCGGAGGGAAUCGGGUGGAGAGGCAUCAGGAAGGACAGUGUCAGGUUGAGGGGAGAGAGGCACCCACACUCCUUUGCACCUGCUAUGGUUCAGGCCCUGCACAGCUCAUCCCCACCCCCGCCCUGGCCCCAAGAGAUAAGGGUUGAAGCUGUGAUACCAGCACCACCCCCUCCCCCCACCAGGAGGUGGGCAUGGGGGCCAGAGCUGGAGGUCUCACUGCAGGGUGCUUGUCCUCAGAGCCCAGGUUGGAGCAGUGUCUGGCCAUGGGGGGCAGGGAGAGGGGAAAGAGGUCUGUUCUGGAGAGCUAGGUCAGACAGGAGGAGGAAUGGAAGCCUCCUGAGGGGUCAAAACAGAGCACCAGGUGUGUGUGACCAAGUAGGAAGAGGAGAGCAGGUACUAGGCACCUUACCUUACGCAUCCUCCCACCAGCCAGCCAAGUCCUAGGGGAGCCUCUACCCACGCCUCUGAGCCCCCCAGCCCAGAGCGGGUGCCAAGCCUCCCAGCAGCCUCCCGAAAGGGGAAUGCCCUGGAGACAAAGCAAGCUUAGGAUCGGAAAUGGGAUCUGGGACCACACAGCCCAGAGCAGCGAGCCAUCCUGAAACAAGGGCUGGCAGAAGACGCGACUAUUCCCUCUCCCUGUCCUUGGGCUGGUUGACCCCUACCUGGAUGCCACUCCCUUAAAUUCCACCCCCACCCGUCUCCCGGGCCUGGAGCAGCAGCUCUCCCCAGAUCCAGUUCUGGGACUGAAGGUUAACCCUUGCCCUGCUGCCCCUGCCCCAGGACGCAGACCCCCCACCUCUCCCCCCAGCCGGCUAGGCCUGUUCAGCAGCCACCUGUGGGUGGGGCUGGCCCCCAGGCAACCAGCGACCUCUGGGUAUUUAUGAGUUUCAAAUGAAGUACUGUGCCCCUUCCCUUGCUUCCCCUCCACCCGCCCCGCCCAGCUCCUGAGCUUCCGGAAGGCCCUCACCGUCUGCAUGUUGCUCAGGCCACCUCCCGGCCCAACCUCGGUUUUAUAAUGUAUAUUAUAUAUAUUUUUGUGUAUUUUUUAAAUCCAGCUGUGAUGGGAUGUAUCAUAAAUGCAGUGCAGGACUGGGGCAGCCCCCACCCCCAGGCCCAGCUCCUGCUCAAAAAAAGGGAAAAAAAAGAUUAAAGUUAUUUGU